AUGGCCUAUGACCGGUACGUGGCCAUAUGCAACCCCCUCCUUUACUCCUUGGUCAUGUCCAGGACAGUCUGCCUCAAAAUGGCAGCAGGGGCUUUUGCAGCAGGAUUCCUGAACUCCAUAGUGAACACCAGUUUUGUAGGCAGCCUGCCAUUCUGUGGCUCCAAUGUCAUUCAUCACUUCUUCUGUGACAGCCCUCCACUUUUCAGGCUCUCAUGCUCUGACACACAGCUUAAUGAGAGUAUCAUUUCCACCAAAAACGAUACUUCGCUGACUGAGUUCAUCCUCUUGGGAUUAGCAGACACCGUGGAGCUACAGGCCACCCUCUUUUUGCUUUUCUUUGUGAUUUACACACUGACAGUCUUGGGGAAUGUUGGGAUGAUCCUCUUAAUCAGCACUGAUUCCCGACUUCACACACCCAUGUAUUUCUUCCUGGCUAACCUGUCCUUCGUGGAUGUUUGUUACUCCUCCACCAUCACCCCAAAGAUGCUGGUAGACUUAUUAUCAGAGAAGAAAACCAUCUCCUUUGCCGGCUGCUUCCUGCAGCUGUACUUCUUUAUCGCCUUGUCCACAACCGAAUGCAUCCUCUUUGGCUUAAUGGCCUAUGACCGGUACGUGGCCAUAUGCAACCCCCUCCUUUACUCCUUGGUCAUGUCCAGGACAGUCUGCCUCAAAAUGGCAGCAGGGGCUUUUGCAGCAGGAUUCCUGAACUCCAUGGUAAACACCAGUUUCGUGGGCAGCCUGCCAUUCUGUGGCUCCAAUGUCAUUCAUCACUUCUUCUGUGACAGCCCUCCACUUUUCAGGCUCUCAUGCUCUGACACACAGCUUAAUGAGAGUAUCAUUUCCACGUUUGCUGGUGUGAAUAUGGUGGGGGCUCUGCUCAUCAUCCUCACCUCUUACUCCUACAUUCUCUUCUCAAUCUUCCAUAUGCAUUCAGGGGAGGGGAGGCGCAAGGCAAUUUCCACCUGUGCCUCUCACGUGAUGGCUAUAACUCUGUUCUAUUCCACCACCAUCUACACCUAUCUGAGACCCAGUUCCAGCUACUCUCUGGGUCAGGACAAAGUGGUGUCCGUGUUCUACACAGUAGUGAUCCCCAUGUUGAACCCUCUGAUCUACAGCCUCAGGAAUGAGGAAGUAAAGAAGGCUUUGUGGAAGGAAAAGAACCCACAAGGACUCUCCGCUCUGCCGGUCAGGGUGGACAAGACAGGUACCCGCCAAAUGCCGGGGAUGAGCGCCCCGGGACCUGGCACUCGGUUAAGACACUUUUCAAAACCUGUGAGUGUCACAAAGUUAGAAAAAUAA